GAGAAUUAAGAUGGCCGACCGGCGGCGACGGAGACGGCGCGCCUCUCAGGACAGCGAAGAGGAGGACGAGUCCGCAUCGGGUUCCGAGAGCGGGAGAGCCUCUUCGGCCGGCAGGAAGCCUCACGGAAAAGAUCCCGAGCCGGUGGAAACGCCAGCGGAGCGCGUGGUCGUCAAAAGCGACGAUGAGUCUGAGUGUGAAAGUGAAGAUGGCGUUGGUGAAGCAGUGCUAUCAGACUAUGACAGUGCUGAUCUGGAGGAGAAUGGAUCGCACACUGAGGGAGGAGAUGAUGAAGAGGAGGGUGAGCAUUUCAGUGAUGAAGAGGCCUCACGACCUGCAGUGGAACAGAAACCCGCCGCAGAUGCUCCAACGGAAGAGAUAGAGGAGGAAGAGAAAGAUGGAGGGACGAAGAAGGUUAAAAUGGAUGAGAAGGGCAAUCUGGCUGGGGAGCGACAGAGUGGAGAUGGACAGGAAAGCACAGAUGACCCUGAGAAUAAAUCAGCCAGUAUAGGCGGCCAGAAGUUGGACGAUGAUGAGGACAGAAAGAAUCCAGCGUACAUCCCCCGAAAAGGCCUUUUCUUUGAGCAUGAUGUGAGAGGCCAAGCUCAGGAGGAGGAGAGGCCUAAAGGCAGACACAGGAAGCUGUGGAAGGACGAGGGCCGCUGGGAACAUGACAAGUUCCGUGAAGAGGAGCAGGCACCAAAAUCCCGCGAAGAGCUUAUUGCUCUUUAUGGUUAUGACAUCCGCAAUGGCACAGGGCCAAGUGAGGAACGAUCGUACAGGACACGAAAACCGAGAUAUGCUGGUUCACCCAAUCGUGAGCCAAGGCGCCACCGUGAUGGUGAAAAGUCUGUUCGUACCACGUGGCAGGGUCCCCCUCCUGGCCACCGCAACACCCAUCAGUCUGUUACCAUACAGUCCGGCCUGCCCUCCGCUGUCCCUGCUGCACCUAAACCUACUGGACGACCCUCAACUCAGCCUCCCCAUCGCAGUUUCCAGGGCAGCCGAGCUCCAACAGCCCCACACAGGACAGAAGGUCGAGGACACCCAAAGGCAAACCUGGAUGGCCCGCCACCUCGGGGAGUACGGCCGCAGCCUGUGGAGGGUGAGAGGGGUCCGAGGGUAAGGGGCCGUGGCUUUCACGCCACUCACACUGACCGCAGCCCAGCCUUGCUGGUGGAAGACAUCCACAGCGAGGAAGAGGAUGAAGGUGAGAUUCCAACAGCAACAACUACGUACACCGCACACCACUACAAGAAUGAGAGAGAGAGGGUUCCAUCACCACGUAAACAAGAGCCGGGCCCAACAGUGGAAGGGGGCAGUGCAGCCGGGCAGGUGCGAGAAUCGUCUCCACCUCAAGAGAGACCGGUGGAGAAGAAAUCGUACUCGCUUGCACGUAGGGCAACGCGAACGCGGCCGUCUGACCUUGGUAAACAGGCGUCAUUAGAUGACUCUUCGCCGGCAGUGCAGCAAGCCCCCACAGCAGUGAAGAGCGAAUCGUGGCAGGAGCAGGGUGAUGCAGGCACACAAGGUGGACUGACGGGGCUUGAUCAGGACCUCGCCCGCCUCAGCCUAGCAGGGCAGAACUGGGCCCAGAACCCGCCCUCCUACCUGCAGGCUGAGAUGAGGGGCAUCCGUAGUUCUAUGCACAUGGGAGGAGGCCCUCCACAAUAUGGAAAUAUAGAGGAUAUGGGUGUCGGUGGUGGCAGAGCUAAGCGGUAUUCGUCACAGCGUCAGAGGCCAGUUCCUGAGCCUGCACCCAUGCACAUAGGAGUGAUGGAGGGCCAUUAUUAUGAACCUAUGUCUUUCCAAGGACCAAUCUACACACAUGGGGACAACCCAGCGGCUCUGCCCCCUCAAGGCAUGCUCGUUCAGCCUGAGAUGCAUCUGCCACACCCCACCCACCCUGGACACCCAGGCUUGCAUCCGCACCAAUCAGGAGGGCCCAUCCCCAAUCCGGCUCUUUACGCUGCUCCGCCUGUUUCUAUUUCACCUGGGCAACCACCUCCACAACAGCUGCUACCCCCACCCUUCUAUCCACCACCAGGUGUCAUGACCUUUGGGAACACCAACUACCCAUACCCCGCCGGAGCUACGCUACCUCCAAUGUACCCCAAUCCCCAGGCACAGUCACAGGUCUAUGGGGGCGUAACGUACUAUGAUACGGUACAGCAACAAGCUCAGCCCAAACGCUCCCCGCCCCGACGUUCCUCUCAUCCAGUUACAGUCAGACCUCCCCCUCCUGAGGACCAGAGCAGAAAGGCCAGUGAGGAAAUCCGCUCCUAGCUGAUGGGAUGAGGAGGCCGUGUGUCAGGACCAGCACCAUUUUUUUAAUAAAUUAAAUUCGCUUUUUAGGUUCUCACUUCAGUUUCUUUUUAUAGUUUUUCAUGUGAAUUUCGGAAUGCCUUGCUUAGGUUCACUGUUUUCAUUUAAGGUCCUGUUUUCAGAUUGCUCCCAUUUGUUGCAUUUUCUUGACCGGCAUAGUGUUUUUUCCAUAUCUGCCGUUCAACUGGGAAAUAAAUAAUGCUGUUUUGAGACCAACUAAGCCUGCAUCCUUGGACUCUUCUGUCAGACUGAUUGAAAUUGUAAUGUGACGGCUGGACUUAAGCAACUUUUAAAUGCCUUCAUUCAAGACAGCAAGUGGUUUAGAUGGUUUUCCUCGGUUUCGCAUCUCCCUUGCUCUGUUGUACAACUAAACAUGUUUUCAUUGGAAAGGAGAAAAGCAGUGCUAAGAACUUUUGUGUGUUGAAUUCAGAUGUUCGUCCUGGACAUUGUACUUUUAACUCAAACCCAAAUCUGUGUUUCUAAGGUGUAGAUGAGGUUCAAAUUUGUAUAAUGCUUGGAAUGGAAUGAUGAAACAAGUCAGAAUAAUUAUGAAUUAUGGAUCCAAAUACAUUUUGUGCAGCAAGCAGCUGUACAUGUUAAAGGAUAGUUUACCGUAAAAUGAAAAUUCUGUCAUUAGCUCACCUUCAUGUUGUUUGAUACCUGUAUGACUUCUCACAAAAGAGAUUCAAACGGGUUUGAAACAACAUGAGGGUGAGUCCAUGUUUGGGGGAACUGUCCCUUUAAGGACCUACACAAAUUUAAUGCCAGUUGAUGUUUUUGGUCCGGUUUCUUAUAUUUAGACAAGGAAUACUGUCAUAUGUUGGUGGACCCAUCUUAAUCUGUGAAUAUGUAUUUUAAUAUGUUAAUUUUCACAAUUUUCAUUAAUAGUGCUGUACAUUUUUGGACUGCUCUACCCACCGUAAUGGUGCUAGCCCUCCUGAUAACUGGGACUGAAACCCUUAAACUCCCUCUUUGUCCAGCUGUCUCUUAUAUCUUUAACAUGUACUGUGUUGAAUUCAAUACUGUUAUUCUAUCAAAACAAAUCGUUAACUUAGCCAGAUACUGACUGACUUGACAGUGUAACUGCUUGAAAGCUAUCUAUUGUAAAUAUACAUAUUAAAGUUUAUUGAAUCCAGUUGUUUAAGGAGUAAUACUAAAAAUUAGUCAUCUAUGAAAUACUGUCAAUAUGAACAAAGUCAGCAGUUAAACCUUGCCUAGGCCUCUGAGUUUUAUUUCUAAAGAAUUCAUUUGCAAUUAUCCAUUGUUUUCCACUUUUGAUUAGUAGUUUAUGGUUGCAAUUAUGUUCUUUUAGGCAUACUGUACAGGCAUGCAUGUUUUUAUAGAUGAAUUCCUUUGUAAAGGCAAUUCUAGAUGGCGACUGUGGCUGUGAGCUGUUAUUCUUUGCCCCAUUGUGGGAGUGGUAUGGAUGCAUCUAUUUCAAUUGUUCCCUUUAUGAUUGUUCUAGAAAAAGAAAAAGAACCCUAACAGUAUAACAAAUCUUCAUUCCCAGCAUUGUUUAGACAUGGCUCAUAAAGACUAUUAGAAGAUGUUGUAUUGCUUUCUAUGCCUUAAAGAAAUAUUUGGUUUGACAUAUCUGUUUUUGUUUGAUUAGACCUGACUACACUGUGAGGGCUUGUAUGUGUCAUAGGUGUUUGAACAAUAUUAAAAGUGUUUCUUUUUUGCAAUUUUAUUUUGUGGAGCAAUGUCAGGAGAUGAAAUUAAACAAGAACUAAAUCUAA